CCGGGAGGGCGCGAAGCUGUUGCUCCUCCUACUAGCCGCCUUGACAUCUGUUUUUGAGGGGGGCUUAGAGUAGGGUUUUGAAGUGAAAAUAAGUAAGGCUAUGUAAUUUCUUUUUUUCCUUUAGCAAAGGGUAGCCAGUCUAGGAAUGCCGAAUACGCAAGGUGCCCCACCUCGCCCUUAAGAAAUCAUUCCAAAGCUGGCACAAAUCCAGAUGCAGCACUUGAGACUACCAUUAAGAGAUGGAGAAGGUUACUGUUGAUGUGCACAUAGACAACAAGGGAAAGGAUUCUGCAGAACAAGGCUCGGUGGAACAAGACUCCAAAGAUGAAAUUGAUGUUACAGCUCUAAGUGACACUGAGCUAUGGGAGCUUCUCUGUGCAUAUGGAAUCACUCCUGGACCAAUAUUACCUUCUACAAGGACCAUUUAUGAGAACAAGCUCCUCCAGUUGAUGAAGCAGUGCCCAGUAACAGCAGCUGAGUUGAACAGUGAGGUUAAUUCUGAAAAUGAUGGAGAAGGAAAAACCACAGAAGUAGUCAUCCAAACAAAUGGCCUCAAAGUGACAACUGAACAUACCUCUGGGUCUGAAAACAAAUCACCUGCAGAUGUGGCAGAACGUCAGAAAAAACUCUUGUCAUCUGAUGUUGAACACAGUUUAGCUAAAAUAGUGGCAGAACUGCAGGAAAUAUUGCCAGAGGGUAAAGUGCCACUGCAUCGGUCACAAGGACCAAGGAAGAAAUCUUGCAGUCCUGAAAGGAAUUACAGACAAAAGACAAGUGAUCUACCACACCAAGACUAUGGCUAUCCUGAUGUUAAUGUUACUGUAGGACAAAGUGCUAGAAGAAGAAAAGCAGUAAAGGAGAAUCCUCCCUCUGGGAAACAAAAUCCUGAAACCAAAUGCCAUGUAGUACCGGGGAGAUCAAGAGAAGGACGUAUACCAAUACGUGUAAAGAUUGCUGUUUUUGCCAUCUUCAUGUUCCUUCUCUUUGUGUAUGUAACUAUGGAAACUAAUUUUCAUAAUCCAUUCACCAGCUUUACCCAGGGCAAAUGAGUGUAUCCUGUCUUUUAGAAAUGGAGUUGUUAGACCAGAGAAGGUGGUUCUGUCUAGCUGCUUAUGAACUAAGUGAUUUGGGGCUGGCUGAUUAAAACACAAAAAGAAUUAUCCUGUGUGUGUGUUUUCUUCCUUUAGAGUUUGUAUUAA